AUGCCUCCACCGACUUCACCACCUCGUUUAGCUGGGGCCGCGCUACUUGUCGCUCUUCUCGUUUGCAGCUUCCUUCUUGUCGUUCCGUCUCCUGCGGCGUCACGCGUAGAGGUGAAGGGGAGCCGCGAGUAUGAAAGUGUCAAGGAGGACUUCCUGUGCCGCGCGUGUGUCGGUCUCGGUGAGGUCUUUUUUGACGAGGUGCUCCCCCCUCUCGCCGAUCGCUACCGACUCAGCACCGUCGCAACUUCAGGUGGUUCCUCGUCGUCGUCUCCCCCUUCUUCUGCACCGCCGCGUGCGGCACCGAAGGCGAGCCAUCGGCAGCGUGAGCAGAUGAUCGUGGAGGUGCACGACGCCAUUGACGCGUUGUGUGACGCACUCGAAAAGAGUAUCCAGCGCCAGAGCGUGGCGGCGGCAGCAACGGUGGCCGCAAACGAUGCGGCGGCCCAACAGCUGCUGAACCCGCUCGUCUCCUCGAAGGAUCUGCAUGACGGCGUGAUCAUUGCCUGCCCCAUGGCACUGGAGGAGAUGAACGAGGCCCUGACUGACACCGCCUUUAAGCACUUACUUCCCGGGGAAGGAAAACACGCUCCCUCUUCCAAUACCAAAGAACAAGAGAAAGCGCAUGACGUAUCCUCUAAGAAGCCGGGAUCGACGCCGCCUGCGUAUCGGCUCCCUGCGGCGGGCACCUUCUGCGAGGAGGUUGGCCUGUGCUCUCCGUACGUGCACUACCACAUCACCUCCGAUGCGGAUGUGCGCCGUCGGGCGCGGGAGGCGCAAGAAGCCGCUUCCAUUAGGCUGGAUGCCAGCGACCCACCCCCCACCACGCGGGACAACUCUGGGAAACAGAAGAAGAGCACGACGGGCCCGAAAGCCGCUCAGCGCAACCCACCUAACCAAAAGGAAGCACCACCAAAGAAGUCGACGAGCAACGAGGGACCAAGUGGUGAGGACGAAUCGCUAAUGGCCACGCUGCACCGCGUGUUUCAGCGAGAGACAUGGCGUCAGCUGAAGAACUCCCUCAACACCACGGAGGUGCUCUCGGUCGGGUUCUGGUUGCGUGGGCUAUCACUGAUGGCAGAUUCCGAUGUGCGCUUUCACGUGCAGGCCUACGUGCCCUUUGUGGUGGUGUAUUCUGUCUGCCUAGCGGCCGUGCUGCUGGUGGUGCUGGCGGCGGUGUUCCUCUGCCAUCGGCCUCGCCCUUCUCUGAGGGCAGUAAAAGCGGGUCCACACGCAACGGACCGUCCUCCGUCCAACAGUGGUCAUCUGAAAAAACACCAGUAG